UUUAGUUUGUAUUGUACUACAUUAAGAAUAUUAUUAAUUGUGAUCGCUUUUACUGCAUAGCAGAAAAUAUUUCUGAUUUAUAAUUUUUGGAUAUUUAAUAUCAUUUUUAGAUGAAGGAAAUCAGCUGUGGGAUGUUAAGUUGGAUCCACUACAGUUAUAUUAUGGCAUAAAAAAGGGCUGGAGGACAAUUUGUUUUGAAGGUAUAAAACUUGAGGUAGCUCAUGUUGUGUGUCGGCAGAAAGGAUUUAUUAAUGCUACUUAUUUCAAUAUAAGUGGAUUUUCAUCAGUGUCUGAUCAUGUAAUCACUCAAGUUUUAUGUCCAUCAACUUCAAACUACUCUUUAUAUGGUGAAACCAACAUUAUGCGUUGUAACAUUUCUGAUCCUGUUCUGAAUGAAACAGAAACAUGUACACCUGCAAAAAUUGUCUGCAAUACUAAUAGAAGAAAAGAUCAUCCUUACAAAGGUCAAGUAUAUCUUGAUAAGACAAAGACUGACACACCAACUGAUGGUGUAGUUAAAGUAUAUCUUUACAAUGAGUGGUAUCCUGUGUGUAGAAAUGCAGCCUUCACUAAAACAGUAUCUGAUUCAAUAUGUAGACAGUAUGGAUACACAGGGUCUCAAAAUAACUGGGCUUCAGAAUCUUCUGGUUCUCCUUCUAAAAUGUGUGUUAUAGCCACAGAAUACACUUGUACUAAUGAAACUGGUUCUUUUGAAUGUUUUACCCACUGUAUGAUACCAAACAAAUAUAAACUUGACAGCUAUGAAGAGCAUGUGGCAUUAAUAUGCAUAAAAUUCAUGUUUUACUAGACAAAUGUAAAACAUUAAAGGGGCGAGCCUACGCAAGCAAAGCAAUGUACAUACAAUAGAUGUUGACAGACUAGAUACUCAUGCAUGGAUUUUGCAUUUUAAGCAGCUCAGAACUUGAUGGAGUGUGGUUCUUGAUCUGCUUUCAGUUGUCAUUAAAGUUAAAGUUUAGCACUUAGGAAAUAAAUGAUAUGGCUAGACAGGCAGUUGUAGCAAUGUAGUCCAAGUUAGUUCAGGCUGUGACUGACAUUCACUUAUUCAGAGUCAUUCACAUGUAAAGAAGAUGGUAUAUCUGCUUUCUUAACCUUCCUUGCUGCAUUUGGGCAGUAGUAUGAUCACAGUAAGUCGAGUUAUCAACAAAGACGAGUUUCAUAGUUACUUUAUUACAUCUAUAACCUUGUCUGGCUGUUAGAGAAGCCUUUGGACAGAACUUUUGUCUUAUUUUGCUGCUAAAAAACUCAUGGCACAAGAAGCAGUUAUAAGCGCAUUUG